UGUGAGCGGGGCCCGGCGCCGUGCCGGGCCGUCCCUCGCCGGCGGGGCCAUGGCCGCGAGCGCCAAGCGGAAGCAGGAGGAGAAGCACCUGAAGCUGUUGCGGGAGAUGAGCAGCCUCCCGCCCAACCGCAAGUGCUUCGACUGCGACCAGCGGGGCCCCACCUACACCGACAUGACCGUGGGCAGCUUCGUGUGCACCUCCUGCUCCGGCAUCCUGCGGGGCUUGAAUCCACCCCACAGAGUGAAGUCGAUUUCAAUGACUACGUUCACACAACAGGAAAUAGAAUUUCUGCAGAAACAUGGAAAUGAAGUGUGCAAACAGAUUUGGCUAGGCCUAUUUGAUGAUAGAUCAUCAGCAAUUCCAGACUUCAGGGAUCCACAGAAAGUGAAGGAAUUUCUACAGGAAAAAUAUGAAAAGAAAAGAUGGUAUGUUCCUCCAGAGCAAGCAAAGGUGGUGGCAUCAGUCCAUGCAUCCAUAUCGGGGUCUUCUGCCAGUAGUACAAGCAGCACACCUGAGGUGAAGCCACUCAAAUCUCUCUUGGGAGAAGCUGCGCCCGCACUGCACUUAAACAAGGGCACACCUAGCCAAUCUCCUGUUGUAGUUCGGUCUCAAGGACAGCAGCAACAAGAAAAGAAACAAUUUGACCUCCUCAGUGACCUUGGUUCAGAUAUCUUUGCUGCUGCUCCUCCUCAGUCAACUGCUACAGCAAAUUUUGCUAAUUUUGCACACUUCAACAGUCAUACAGCGCAGAACUCUGCCAAUGCAGGUUUUGCAAACUUUGAUGCAUUUGGACAGUCUAGUGGCUCGAGUAAUUUUGGAGGUUUCCCCACAGCAAGUCAGUCUCCUUUUCAGCCCCAAAAUACAGCGUUCAGAACGCUUUCAUCUAGCUGCAGUUUUGGUGAAUUUACUUCAGCUUUUCCUCUCCAGGCUGUACACAGUGGAAGUGCUGGAUCAGUGAAUGCUAAUUUUGCUCACUUUGAUAACUUCCCCAAAUCCUCCAGUGCUGAUUUUGGAUCCUUCAAUGCUUCUCAGAGCAACGCCACAGCAACUGCAGCCAGUAAAGCUGCAGUGAAUAAACUGAAUCUUCAGUCAGCUGACAAAUAUGCAGCUCUUGCUAAUUUAGAUAAUAUCUUCAGUGCAGGGCAAGGUGGGAGUGAGCAGGGAAGUGGCUUCAGCACAGCAGUGUCCUCAGCGGGCCCUGCGUUGUCAGCCCCCAACCAGUCAAGUGCAUCUUCAGACAAGUACGCGGCGCUGGCGGAGCUGGACAGCGUGUUCAGCUCCACGGCCACCUCCAGCAACGCCUACACUGCCACCAGUAACGUCAGCAGCAAUGCUUUUGGAACAGUACCUGUGGCUGCUACUGCACAGACACAGCCUGCAUCUUCAAGCGUGCCUGCUCCAUUUGGAGCAACACCUUCCACAAAUCCAUUUGUAGCUGCCCCUGUUGCCCCAGUGGCACCUUCAACAAAUCCAUUCCAGACCAAUAGCCGAGGAGCAACAGGCCUCUCGGGAGCAAUGCACUCUCACAUAUUUCCUCAGGCUCAUUUUGCAGCAACAUUUGGUACUGCAUCCAUGAGCAUGCCAGCAGGAUUUGGAACUCCUGCCUCCUACAGUCUUCCUACUAGUUAUAGUGGCAACUUCCAGCAGCCCACCUUCCCAACCCAGGCAGCUUUCCCUCAACAGACUGCUUUUGCUCAGCAGCCAAAUGGAGCAGGUUUUGCUACAUUUGGGCAAGCAAAGCCUGUAGUAACUCCUUUUGGACAAGUUGCAGCUGUUGGAGUAUCUAGUAACCCUUUUAUGGCUGGUGCACCAACAGGACAAUUUCCAACAGGAAGCUCAUCAACCAAUCCUUUCUUAUAGCCUUAUAGACACUUUACCCAAAAGAACUCUUAUGUGGUCACAUAACAUCUCUGCGCCUCUUGCACUGUUGUCUUGUUUCACUGAUAUUAGCUUUAAACACAAAAGAAGUCUUUAAGAAGUAAAAAUAAAAGCCUGCAUUGUGUACCUUUAAAAAACUUCAAAAAGGAAAAAAAACACCCAACACAAAAAAACAAGAAAACCACCCUCCCACCAGGUAAUAACGUGCAAAACAGAGGGCUGUGGUAACAUCCUUGAACCUGUGAAGUGGCAGGUAAAAAGUAGCGGUAUCAUGUGUAUUAAAAUUGGCUAAUAAGUUAUUGCAGAUACCACACUCAUUAUGCUGCAGUACUGUACAUAUUUUUCUUAGAAAAUAGCUAUUUGUGCAUAUCAGUAUUUGUAACUUUAACACAUUGUCAUGUGAAAAAUGUUACUGGGGAAUAGAUCAGCCACUUUAAGGUGCUGUUGUAUCUCUUGGAAUGAAUGAGCUGCAUCAUUUUAACCAUUGGUAUCGGAAGUCACAAAGUUAAAUUGAAGGUUUGUUCAUUUCUCAAAAUGUUUUCUUUUCCUAAGAGCUCUUCUAUUUAUACAUGCCUAAAUCUCUAAUGUUAGAGGGAUACCUGUCUGCAUAAUAAAGCUGAUCAUGUUUUGCUACAGUUUGCAGGUGAAAAAAUAAAUAUUAGAAAAAAAACU